CCAUUUAAAGUUUUGGCAACUGAAACUGUAACUGCAAAGGCAUUAAAGGCAGAUGUAUACAAUGCAAUUCCUACUGAAAAGGUGGACGGAACCUGCUGCUAUGUAACUACCUAUAAAGGGAAACCAUAUCUAUGGGCCAGGCUGGAUCGGAAACCCAACAAACAAGCUGAAAAAAGGUUUAAACAAUUUUUGUAUUCAUUGGAAGAUGGCAAAGAAUUUGUUUGGAAUGUUGAAGAGGAUUUCAAGCCUGUUCCAGAUACCUGGAUUCCAGCAAAGGACAUAGACUUCUCUAAUGGCAAUCCUCUGCCGGAUGAAAACGGACAUAUGCCAGGUUGGGUGCCUGUGGAGAAAAAUAGUAAGCAGCAUUGCUGGCACUCAUCUGUUGUAAAUUAUGAGGCUGAAAUAGCGCUGGUUUUGAAACACCAUGCUGACCCAGGGCUCCUGGAAAUCAGUCCGGUGCCACUGUCAGAAGUUUUAGAACAAACAUUGGAGCUUAUUGGGACUAAUAUUAAUGCAAAUCCAUAUGGAUUAGGAAGUAAGAAGCAGCCUAUACAUCUUCUUGUACCACAUGGAGCAUUUGAAAUAAGGAAUCCACCUCCGUUGAAUCAAAAUGACAUACUGUCUUGGUUUGAAGGCUGCAGUGAGGGUAAAGUUGAAGGAAUUGUGUGGCACUGCCAUGAUGGGUGUUUAAUCAAGCUCCAUCGCCAUCAUCUUGGUUUACCCUGGCCACUGGCAGAGACAUACCUGAAUUCUCAGCCUGUUGUAAUUUCUUUUAAUAGAACAAAAUAUGACUGUGACUUUGAACCAAAGAGUUUGUUUCACCGUUUUUCAAACUUGGAUGGUCAAAGAUUUGACAGACUCAAAGAUAUCAAGUUUGAUGCUUGAAAUGAUUUUUCGCUUUUGAGUUAACUGUUGUAUGUGCUGCAUUCCUCUUACUUGUGUAUACCACAGAACUCUUUACCUAAAUCUAGGUUAGGCAGCAGGCCUAUGUACUGUAUGAUUUUAAUUUUUUCUGAAAUGUCUAGUUUUAUAUGAGAGAGCUGAUAUCCAGAGCAGAGAUCUAGCUUUCAGCUUGUUUAUUUUCAGUUCUGAAAACUCCUGAACUUUU